AUGAUAAAACCUGCUAUCUCUCUUAUACUGUUUUCCCUGGUCAUUGGAUUGUAUGCUUCAAGUGAUGGCAAUAGCUCUAGCUUUAAUACUACAAUAGACUGCGACUCUUGUCCAGCUAGUUGUAACUGUGAUAUAGAGGGCUCCAUCCAUUGCACUGAAAAAGGUCUUACUGCAAUCCCUCCUGGACUUAUACACUGUGAAAGACCUGAUGUGAUAAUUCUCAAUGUUAGUUUUAAUUUGAUACAAAAUAUCUCUGUCGAUGAUUUCAAUGGACUCCCAAACCUAGAGAGAUUGUUUCUUUACGACAAUCUCAUUGAUGAUAUUGAGGAAUAUGCAUUCUCUGAUCUAACCUCAUUGGAAUUACUGUCCCUUGAUGGAAACAGAUUAACUACACUUAAACCUAAUGUCUUUAUGGGACUGAUUGGCUUGAAAUCAUUGCUAUUGUAUUCCAAUUCGAUAUCAAGUCUACCUGUUGGAGUGUUUGAUGAUUUGAUUUCUCUCAUUGUGCUUGCGCUUCAUAAUAAUCGUUUGACUAGUCUCAACCCUCAAUUGUUUGCAAAUUUACCCAAUCUUCAAAGACUCUAUCUUUAUGGAAAUGGUAUAAGAGACUUGUCUGACUCUCCCUUUCAGCACCUGAGCAAGCUUACCCUUUUAUAUUUUAGCAGCAAUAAUAUCAUUGAGCUGACUAAUGCUAGCCUAGCUGGUUUGAAUGGCCUACGAACUCUUGUUCUGAGAACCAAUCAGAUAAGGACCUUGUCUCAUGAUGUUUUCAUUCACACUCCUUCCCUCACUUCAUUGUAUUUAGACAGCAAUCGAAUCAGAAGGAUUUCAAGUGAUGUGUUCUCACCAUUGACUCGAUUACAGAGACUAGUGCUGUCAAAUAAUUUAAUUGAAGUGGUUGAAGAUCGUGCAUUCUCUGAGCUAAGAUCAAUCAUAUUCCU